UUUUCCUCUUGUCUAGCGAUGCGGGCGGCGUUGCUAAUCCAGCGCUGGUAUCGUCAGUAUGUGGCGCGGCUGGAGAUGAGACGCCGCUGCACCUGGAACAUCUUUCAGUCUAUAGAGUAUUCUGGACAACAGGAUCAUAUUAAGCUGUAUAAUUUCUUCGGUUACCUGAUGGAUCAUUUCAGUUCUGCCAACAGCCAAAGAAACCUCGUAUCUCAUAUGUUUGGCGAUAGUGACUUGUUUCUGGACAUGGAGUGGGAGAGACACGUCUGUUACAAGGAGAUUGAGGUUCCAGACAUCUACACCGGCCCGCAUCUCUUCUUCCCACUGACCAUCUCCAAUGUCACAGAGCUGGUAGAUGCCUUCAAAAACAAACAAAAGCUUCAUGCGCGGUACGUGCUCCAGCUGCUGGGUAAGACGUGGACGCUCCUGCGCUUGAUGCCCAACAUCAGUCACGUGUGCACCUGCAAACACAAGGAGAUCACCAUCUGUGGAGACUUACAUGGUCAUCUUGAGGAUCUGCUGUUGAUCUUUUACAAAAAUGGUUUUCCCUCAGCAGAGACACCAUAUGUUUUCAACGGUGAUUUCGUGGACAGAGGGAAAGAGUCCAUAGAGAUCCUGUUGGUUCUGUUUGCGUUCCUGUUGCUGUAUCCACAUGACGUGCAUCUGAACAGAGGAAACCAUGAGGACCACAUUGUUAAUCUGAGGUAUGGCUUCACUAAGGAAGUUCUGGGGAAAUAUCAGGUUCAUGGGAAAAUGAUUCUUAAACUUCUGCAGAAGAUCUUCAGCUGGUUGCCGCUGGCAACAGUGAUCGACCAGAAAGUUCUGAUUCUACACGGAGGAAUUUCUGACAAGACAGACUUGAAUGUGAUCGCCAAACUGGAGCGCCACCGAUUCGUUUCGGCUCUCAGACCCCUGAAGAGAAGAGGAGCAUCAGCGAGGCAGAAGGACGCAGCUCUGGAGCCAGACGGAGACGAUGAGCUCAGUGCUGGACGGAGGAGAGUUCAGUCUCUGACCCACGGCACACCGCUGCGAUUCAGACCAGAGUUCCCACGGCAUUCAGUUCACUCCGAGUCGGGCCGGACGGGUCGCUCCGUCGAGCAGGAGCUGCGAGAGAGACGUCGCCUGGCCGGCCUCAGUCUGUCGUCUGACUCAGAUCCUGCUCAGGUCCUGGAGACGGAUGCAGAUGAAUGGAAACAGAUAGUGGACGUUCUGUGGAGUGACCCGAUGUCUCAGAAUGGCUGUGUCCCUAACGAGGUUCGAGGAGGCGGGUGUUACUGGGGGCCGGACGUCUCACAGGAAGUGCUGGACAGACACAAACUGCAGCUGCUCAUCAGAUCUCAUGAGUGCAAACAGGAAGGUUAUGAAUUCUGCCACAACGGCAGGGUUUUGACGAUCUUUUCAGCCUCUAAUUACUAUGAUGUUGGCAGUAACAGAGGUGCUUACAUUCGUUUGGGUCCCGACCUCAUCCCUCACUUCAAACAGUUUCAGUCCAGCAGAUCAACACGAGAGCUCACACUCAGACAGAGUGUGGGACGAACAGAACUUUCUGCAUUACAGGCUCUGAGGAUGCAGCUCUUUACACACAAAUCUGCCCUGAUCCACGAGUUUCAGGAAUAUGACCCACAAUGCACAGGUGUGAUCUCUGUGAAGCACUGGGCCGCUGCUGUGGAGAAGGUUCUGCGUCUGGGUCUGCCCUGGAGAGUGCUGAGGUCUCAGCUGGUGACCAGCAGCACACAGGACGGUCAGGGGACACUGGACUAUCACCACUGGGUCAACCAGCUGUCCGUCAUCCAGCCCAGCACUGAGAUUGCGAACACGAGCCUCCUGGAGACCCUUUACAAACAUCAUUCAAACCUGGAGAGCAUCUUCAGGAUGAUCGACACAGAUCACUCAGGUCUGAUCUCGUUCGAGGAGUUUCGUCAGACGUGGAAGCUGCUGAGCUCUCAUCUACAGAUGGACAUCAGCGAUAAAGCCAUCUCAGAUCUGGCCGAGAGCAUCGACUUCAACAAGGACGGCAGCAUCGACAUCAACGAGUUCAUGGAGGCCUUUCGGCUGGUGGAGCAUUCUCGAGCCGAGACGGACGCGCCGCCGUCCCCCGAGUGAACACGAUCAGAGCAAACACAGACCACACGACGCUCUCAAACCUCCAGAGCAGCAAUCUGUCCCUGGGUCUCAGGAAACACAACCCUAUUUUCAGGGAUUUAACUUUCACAAACACUCAUUUGUUCAUACGGUGAAGCUUUAUUAAUCAAUCAUAAACACAGUAAAACAUUCCAGCUGAUCGAAGUCUCAAUCACACACAGUGAAUAUAAAUGUGCUGCUCCUACACAGUGAUCUGCGUCUGAGGUUAGCGUCUCGUGUGUGUCUCACGUUGAUCAGCUGAGUUUACUGCUGCGUCCGUGAACGCCGUCGUGAAGCCCGUCUUCAACAGUCUUGAUGUCGUCCAGAUCGUCUUUAAUGACACUGAUCAGGUGACUCAAACCCUGCUGCUGCUGCUUCAGAUGCUGAAACGAAACACACUUAUUCAGUCGAGGACGAACCAGUGAUGGGAACAGAGCAGGAUUGUUCUCAAUGGUUUGAACUAAAGCUACUCAUAACCACAGAGCUGAGAGGAAUUAACAUAAUGUGCAUCAUCUGCAUGAAACUGCUUCAAAGUACGGGUUCUUGGAUGAUUUAUGCUUAAUAAUUACAAAUUUAUAAUACUGCCGCGGUCAGAUUUUUAUUCCUGAUUUGACAUUAUUAACAUAGUCACAGAUUCUUUCCAGUAGAUGGAUGACUAGAGCUUCGACAGGAACAAUACCCAAACUGACAUGUAUGCACUUAUUAAGUUAUAUUGCACUGCACUCAAGCUACUGAAUCUAUAUUUUUAUAAAAGUUUAUGCAUUCUCUGGGAAUCAAACCCAUGACCUUGGUGUUGCUGGCGAGAUCUACUGUUGAGCUAUAUUAAAUGUGCAGUCUAUUAUA